GCUUGCGGCCUGAUGCCACAGAAUGACGCAUAUGGAAACCGUAAUUCGUUUUUCUAAUCAUUAACACGGCGGGCAGCAUGCCUCAAGCCGGCCUCCGACCUCCUCUACCAGCCUUUGGCACUUUCAGGUUAAAAGCCUUGAAAGAAGCAACCUGCGAUUUCACAACAGUCAUUGGCAAGGGAGGGUUCGGCACUGUCUAUAAGGCGUAUCUGCCCGACGGGAAAAUCGCAGCCGUUAAACGCAUGGAGAAAGGGAGGAAAGAAGGAGAUGAGGAAUUCAGAAAAGAAGUGCUCAUGCCCGGCCGUCUGCACCAUCGACAUCUUGUCAAUCUGAUCGGCUUCUGCGCCGAAAAAGGAGAAAGGAUGCUUGUGCUAGAAUUCAUGGCAAAUGGAAGCUUGAAGGAACACCUCCAUGAUCUGCGAGGUCCGCCACUUGAUUGGGAGAAGCGAAUGCGCAUUGCAGUGGGAGUUGCUGCAGGGCUGGAGUAUCUUCAUUCCUGGUCAGAUCCACCAGUUAUCCAUCGAGACGUGAAAUCCAGCAAUGUACUUCUGAGCGAGAACUUCACUGCCAAAGUGUCAGACUUUGGAUUGUGUAAGGUUGCGUCAUCCGGGACAGAUAUGUAUACAAGCAUGACUACUGAUGUUAUGGGUACUCCAGGCUAUAUGGACCCUGAGUAUGUUAACAAACAUGUGCUCACGGAGAAAAGCGAUGUGUUCAGCUUUGGCGUUGUGCUGCUCGAAAUUAUCACAGGACGACACGCUGUCCAGGAGUGGAGGAGUUUAGUUGAUUGGGCCAAGAUCUUCUUUCUGGACAAGGAGAAGGUUCCUAGCAUGGUUGAUCCUGUGCUGGGAGAUAAUUACGAUCUUCAAGAACUGUAUGCGGUCGUCGAAGUCGCGCAAAUGUGCACUCAAGAAGAGGGGUCAAAUCGUCCGACCAUGAAACAGGUGUUGCAGAUACUAACAGAACGGGUAACGUCGAGUACUUCUCGGAGUGGAUCUCAGGCAAUGAAGCACAGGAAGGCCGCGUCGACGGGCGUGUCAGGCACGGUGACCGUUAGCUCACUGUCAGGUGGUGGAUCGUCACAGGAGGAAAUUCCAAAGGUGCCACCGCCCUCGGCUCUGCCUUUAGGGUCAUUAACUGGACGUUCGCAGGACCUGACCCCACCUCCUGAGAAGUAUACGAAUGCAGCGAUGAUGACCGGGCGGGGGCGUUCUAUGCUGCAGGUGGCGACGGUAGGAGAUAUGUGGAGCGUAGACAAGGUGACUCUUUUUGGGGUUGGUUUUUUGAAGUGCGAACUUUCGAACAGGUUUCGUGGCGUAUGCUCUCUCGCCUUCACGAAGACUGUGCGAAGCGUGCAUUUGCUGAAUGCAAGUGGGGACAACUCUGUGCAUCAGAGAAGCAAGAAGGGCAACCACCUCAAUAUACAGAGGAUAAGAAUUGCGCGAGGAGGAAAGUGGCUACUCACACUGCGUAGCGUGAGCAUGUGAGUGAAUCACUAAUGGGUGCAACAGUGGCUUGAGCAGCAAACACUUCUUCUUCUUUGGCUCUGUCAGCGCAACAAAGAACCCGGUCAGCUAACUUCGCAUGAGCCAGUCUUGAAUUCUCUCAAACACUUGAGUGAUCUCAUUACGGAGGGUGAAACUAGUCAGCUUGGCCAUGUUGUGAAAGCUGGAAUCGGAAGAUCUUGACCGUCAAUAGUGGAAGGAGAGCAUCUUGAGCUUCCUUCGAUGUGCGGGGGUUGAUUACGCGGAAUCUACGCCAUUUGCACAAACCUCAAAUAGACCCUGUUACAAGCUGUUUUCAAGUUUGUGAAGGGGUCACAUAAACCCCUUUGCAUUGCAAGCUUCCUUUGAUGUGCAGGGGCCAAUUACACAACCAUUUGUACGACCUCGAAUAGACCCCAUUACAAGCCAUCUAUGAGUUUGUGGAGGGAUCGAAUAAACCCCUCUUCUUGUGCCCAAACUGAGCACCAUCAUUUUUUUCUAAAACAUCAAGCCGAUUAUUUUCAGCGUCUUUUGAUGUGCGAAAGGAUCACCUUGAUUGAGCUUCGGACACAUGACCUUUUUCUGCCUCCACCUUUUUGCCUAUAAGAUCAAGCAGACUGUGUUCAGCAUUCUCCGAUGGGGAAGUAGAUUGCCGUGAUUGAUGAUGUGGAAUUGCAAGCAUGGCGCGUUUCUGCCUGCCUCCUGCUACUGCAAGAAGGCCACUCGGGCGCGGAGCGGAGCGGAGCGAGUGUUGCCCGCGGCAGGGGAAACGACUUCGAGUCUUCUCAAGAGCAAUUUUGUCAGACCAUCACAUCUCCAUCUGCCGCCUUUGCGCUGGAAACCUCCAGACUAAGUGAGCAAAGCAUGGGGGGCCAAGCUGGAAUCGCAAUCGAGAGAGAGAUUGCAAACGCCAUUCGCUCUGCCUCAUACUAGAAAAGAAAGCACGAUCUGCAGCUGCAGUUUGACAUGACAGAGAUUUGGCGAGUCACGUCCACCUUGGCAAGCGGUCAUGCUUGGCUAUGGUUGCAUGCAUUAAAUUUUCUUUCAGGUGUUCAAAGUAGCGUAUAACGGUCAUUGCAGUAUCUUAUGUUCUAUGUAUCAUUGAUGUAUUUCUCCUUCUUCUUCUCACCUGCUUAACUGCCAUCUGGAGAAUACGGUCGACAUGCUGACAUAGACAUGCUGGAGACAGCCUCUGUACUGUGUAGGCUGUCAGAAUGUACAGAGUUUACAAUUUUUUGUGUCAGUCAGCAACCAUAGCCAAUACGUCACCGUCACUUUUUGUUUCUGCGGAAGAAUGCCCGAAAAAGGUCUCUCCUUGUGAGCCAGUGAAGGUUGGAUGUGGAUCGCAUUUCUUCGAUCUAUAGAGGAGCUGGUUCCAUCAAAAGGCUCAUGACAAUGCUGGGGUACACUAUAAGUUCCAACUUACAAGUGAUUUGAAAUGCUACCUCCACCUGCCACUGAGUUGCAGUUGAUAUAACCAACCUAGAUGUAGGCGCUAUGUUGGCGCGAUGGGUGCUCUUGGUGCCCAUCCAAAAGAAGUCACAGAUAUCUAUAUGUGAGAGGAGGCACCAAGACAGGGACAGACAGGAAAGUAUUGAACCAAUGAGUGUUGCCACAGAACAUGAUGUCAUCAGGGCAAGGAGGGAGGGAGAACACGCAACAAACAACCCGGUCAUUAUUGCGUUUCUUGGCACAGAGACCGGUCCCGCAUGUCACAACUGCCAGAGUGGGAAAUGGGGACAACACGGAUGUGAUGGAGAAGCGAGGUGUCAAUAUGGCACAUGCAUGAGCAAGUUAUUUGCCAUGUUAUACGUCCUUCGGAAAUGAGCGCGCGCAUGUUUUUUUUUUUUAUCGCAUGGCAUCUCAACUGUAUUCAAGUUGAUGAACGCGGCGUUGUUACAGCCAAGCGCAUCGGUCUGUACAUUGAAUUUCUUGGGGUCCAAAGUGAAGAGCAUCGCACACUGCUGCAGUCGGCACUGCGCUUCUAAACUCCUCUUCGUCAGAUGACCUAAGGAGAUAUGCUGAUGCGACGGAAGUGGUUGGAGCGGGGGGGGGGGAAGCAGGAGGACUCGAUCCUGAAUUGAUCAUGACUGUCAGAUAAGAAAGUGGGCCUUCUUCACUGUCUUUGUGCAAACAACUUCUGCUGAAGGGUAUUAGGAGAAGUAUUGUACAUCAGGGGUACUAGACAUGAGAAGGGGGCAUCCCGAUCCCCUUGUGUGCGGCUGAGCAGCACGAGGAUCCUUGUUUUUGCGGUCCCUCUUCGCGGCCUUUCUACCUUCUGCAGAGCUGCCCGAGCAUGGUAGAUGUUUGGGGUUCACCAGGCAUCUCACAGAUCACAGGUAAUUUAAGUAGUAGUACUGUAGUACAGCUUGGUGAUGCCUACCGGGUAAUCCGAAUCCCCACCUCCUGGGACUCGGAAUUGGAUUAUCCAAGUCCCACGGACUUGGAUUAUCAGGGUCCCAGGGACUUGGAUUAUCCGAGUCCCAUCUGCGGUGUUUGGGACAAUUUCUUGUCACUGUAUAUUUCCAGAGCUUGGCAGAAGGAAUGUGCCAGAAGUUUGAAGCUCCCAAAGAGGGUGCUCUUUUUCUAGGGUUCAGUACCACUCAUCACACGUCAUCGGGAUCAGGACAAAUUGUGUCCUUCCUCCUUCGAUGUUAGUUCCUUGCGCAUCUGGACUUCUCCGAUGGGCAAUUGUGUUUUCCAAAGAGCGUAAGGUUGGUUUAGUAACUUCAGGGUGUAACUUGCAGAGACGGUAGGGGUACUCGCUGCUAGUCAGGUCCAGAUUUACUCAGUAGCUUUACAUGCAUGUGCGCAUGCGUCAAUGCAAAGAGAUGAUGGGCAGGUCCGGAAGUCUGGCUGUGGGAGGAGAAGGAUGAAGGAUGUGGCUUCAUUUUUUAUGAGAAAUGUUGUGUGAUGCUGUUUAUCUGUUCAUGAGGGUAAAGAGGCCAGGUAGACCUACUGGUGGGCAUCAAAUGCCAAGGGCAUUACAUUAAUGAACUGUGUGCGCUGUGCGCUGACAACUUGACGGCCAUAGGUGGCGUAUUGUAAAGGAGGCAUAGCUUCACUGAUGCAGAAGUAGGUGGGUAUAGAGAUACCUAGACACUAGAAUGAUAUAUAUGCAUUGAUAGAAUCCCUGCACAUGCACAAAGGUAAUGUAUAUAUGGAUAUUAUAUACGUAUGUAUGAGGUGGAUAAUUAGGGCCACCUGCUUUUCUCAUUGCAGGUAGCAAUGACCAGUGGUUAGAAGAGGGAGGGGGAGGAGAGGGGAGAACAAGGCUGGGCUUUGUAGCUCUUCUCUAUCCCUAGUGGCACUGGAAUUAGCAAUAGAUUAUAGACUUGAAUAGAGGGAAUUUGAACUACUACUACUACUUUUCUGGAAAUUCAGUGAAAUUAAACUCGAUUUUUUCGUUCUGCGAAUUUGACGGAGUAUGUAGCAACACACAUAGGGUGUCGCUGCAUUACUCUCCACAUGCUCAAAAGACAAAAAAUAUGGCAUUGUAUCUGUCCUUGUUCUAGCAGAGGAUUCAUUUUCAUUUUGCACAUUUGGAGAGUAGUGCAGUGAGGCCCAUAGUCACUCGUCUCGUUCACAAACACUCCAUCAAAUUCCCAAAUUUAAAAAUAGAGUGUUUAGUUCUGGGUGUGUUGCUCCCUCGUCUCUCUGGGAAUUUGAACUCGUCUAUUUUUUUGGAAUUCAAUCAAUUCAGUUUUGAGAAAGACAAGGGCCAUGCUCAUCUUUUUUUUUUUUUUUUUUUCCUCCGUUAUUGUUCCAAUUUUUAACGGAUGUCCUGAAGGACUGUAAUUGUGUGUUUGUAACUUGCGCUGCCAAACCGUUUUUAAGUAAAUGUCUACCUUAUGU